UCCUCCUCCUCGGUCUUUUCUCUCUUAAAUGCACAGCAGCUCGGAAAGUUGCGUCGCGAAGACCCCACCAAGUUGAGCCGAGGAGUCCGCCGCCGCGUGCUGCCAAGUGCCAAAGGGGGCUCUCGGCGGCUGGAGUGUUUGGGUUCUCCUCGGUGACUUUCUCAUUUGACAGUAGCAGAUGAGGGUGGGGGAGGAGGGGAGGUGGCCCGGGAGGAGGAAGAGGAGGGGGGGGGCGGAGGAGGUCCGGGAACAGCAAGGGAACGCAGAGCGCAGCAAUGGGUAUAAAUACAAAUACAGCAGCACCAGCCGGUCUUCCAGAAUCUGGGCAGGGCUCGCUGGUGGGAACCCCUCCCCCCCCCCAAGCGGCUGGGGGGUUUGGAGGGAGAGCUGCCUGCCUCCCCAGCACCUGCUUCGCGGGUCUUCCUCUCCGGCUGCAGGUCCGGGAAGGAAGCUGUAGGCUUGAGCAAGCCUGGGGUCGCCGGGCCUCAGGGGAAAUCCUCCCGGCUCGCCGAGCUGCCGCGUUUUCCCGUAGUCCCCCGGGCCAUGCCGGCUCAGCUCACUCUGAGCUCCUCCAGGGGCACCGGCUGGCUCAGGCUCCCGGAGCGCGCCGGGCGUGGAGCUCGGCGCUGCGGGCCGGGCUCCGGCUCCGUCCGCUCCUGGCUCCUCUCGGCCGCCGCCCGGCACUUGCAACUAACUUCUCCCAAGUUUCCUGCGCCGGCGCCGCCGCGCCCCUCUCCGCGCGCUCGCCUCGGAGCGUGCGCCCGCCUGUGCGCCGCGCCCAGGGCCCCUCUCUCCCGGCUUCUCCUGCCAGAGCCGAGCAGGCGCUGGGCGGAGGUGCUGGAGGAGGGGAUUUAAGGAAAACGCGCCAUCACCUCUAUUCGCAGGUCCGCGCUGGGGCUGCUCCCGCUUCCCCCACUCCCGUAGCACUGUGGGCCCCUUCCUGGCCCAGGCCGCCACUCCGCCGCUCCCGAGGCGGCACGAGCCCCGUGCACGGGUUCAGGUUGAGGCGAGCGGAGAGCCAGGAGCGCGCCGCAGAUUCUGCGCACUGUUUGGUGUUUGGCAACCCCUGGUGUCAUCCCGGCUACCCUGGCACUGGUCGCGGCUCUGGGAUCCUCUGCGUGGAGAAAGGAGGCGCGCACGAGAAGAAGAGCCUCUCGAACUACGGCGGAAGAGGGGACGUACCCUAGAAAAUGUUGGAGAUUUUUCCUAGGAAGAAAGUGCUCAUUUUCCUUGGAGGUCCAGAUGUUACUUGCAGCAGAUGCUUCUCGCAUUUUCUUGCGCUGGUGAUGCACCCAGUCAGAGGUAGUGAAGUGAAAAAUAACUGAGGAGGAACUGAGCGUGCUCUUGGCAACCUUUUCGAAAAGGAGCUCGCCCAGGCUGAAAAUAGGCAUCCUUGGCUGACUGUUUAGCUCUUUGAAAAUUCUGGGUGUUUUGUUUUGUUUCUGUUCUGGUCGACAGAGCCAUCUAUAUGCUGAUCUCUUUCAGGUACAGUUAACUUACACUGUCUCACUUAAAUGCACAGAUAGGGUGAAGGUGUUCAAAAUCCGGAAGUGUAAAAAUGUCUCUCUGAAAGAAUAAAGUAAAAUGUACCAAUCACUCUGUACUGGAAUAGCUUUAAUGUGGUCAGUGUCCUUAGAAAGGAAGAGUUUCCUUAUAAUUGACACGAUGCAAAAAUAGCAUGAUUUUGUUUGCAUAUUUUUAUCACUUCUUGGUAUGCUGCAGCACACUCAUAGUGUGAUCAGUCUGGAGGUUUUAUUCACAAGUUGGCCUGUCCUUCGGGGAGAACUCGCUUGCCUGCUUUCUUCGGCAGUUAGGAUCCGACCUAGCCAUGUGGUGUGUGCAAGUAGGGAGUUCUAUCCACAGUUAACACUUUAAAACUUCCCUGCAAUGUAUGUUCAUCCCAUACACAGACACACAGACACAAAGCUUCGAUUGUUUUUAUGAACUUAAAUAAAAAAUGUUUGGGGCCAUCAGAUUUAUUUUAAAAGUUAGGCUUGUUUUAUUGCUCAUUUUCAGAAUAGUGGUUAUUGCUUUAAUUUUAGUUGCUGUGCCAUAGAGACAUGUAAAUGGCAGUGAGGUGGGGAGGGUCUGUAUUUGUCUUACAAUAUCACAUUUACAAAUGUUUACUUUGUAUUAUGUCCUUGUGCUGCUGAAACAACUGGACAGGUUUCUGUAGAACCAUAUUCCUUUACAGUCUCCAUAAAGCCACUCUGUCAUUCAGAGACUCUGCGUAAAGUUACAUUAAAAUACCGGCAGGUGUAAUUACAUCGACUAGAAUAUUAAAUAUACUGUUUUGUGAUGCUAAACUACAGAAUUCUCAUCCCUGAGCUUUCAACCCAACUUGUGUAGUGGGUUCAGGAUGAAAACAUUAUACACUGUCAUAUGAAAGAACAUAUGUGCAGGUAUGCAAGAUACGAAAAACGUCAUUCACUAAACAUUGUGAAUGAAGUUCAGUCUAAUCGUGAAAAUUAUCUUGACAUGUACAGAUAAGGAUUGAGAAAAGAUAUUUAUAUUGGCGAGGUAAAUUAUAAUCUACUCUUUUCAAAUUUAAAGUUAAAAAUCCAUUGUAAUGAAUUAUUACCGUGGGAAAAAUAUUUGUACGUGUGAUUGAAAUAUAUGCUUAUAUGUUCAAUACCUCAUAAAAAAUAAAAUACAUAAGCCUCCUUGGACAUGGUUUUAGAAACUGCAGUGUUGCCUGUUUAGUGAUAGUACACGAACCACAUCUGAAAGUCCCUAAGUCCAAGAAUGUUGAACUGUAGAAAACAAAGGUGCUUUCCACACCUAAAAAGAAAAUGGCUGUUUGUCUCGUCACCAAGUAAAAUUUCACACAUUUCAAAACAGGAGAGAUUUGCUUUCCAUUUUCAGUUUUUAGGGGAUCAAUAUUCUUGGCCUACACCCUUCCCAACCAACCCAGGGCCCUCACAGUAAGCUGGGAGUGACAGGAAGGCGGUGUGGUACUCUUGUCUGAAUCUGGUCAAGCUUUUCACAGAGUUUUCAUGCCAUUCUCUUUCUUACGUGCCAAAAUGCACAUCCAAUUUUAAAGUUCACAGAUCUUAUGCUUGAAUUGAUAUGAGGUUAUAUUUUUGUUCUUGUGUUUGUUUUUUACCUGCAGGUGAAAAAUACCAAGGUAUAGGAAAGAGAAUAGUCUGUCUGAUUGUCUGAGUGAAUAGGGGAGGCAAAAUAAACUGAAAGAGAAUUAUAAGUUCGAUGGGCUUUAUAUUGUCAGCUUUUGAUUGGGAGCAACCAGAGAACUGUAUACCUUGAUCAGCAGAGUCUUUGUGGGCUCUGUAUUUUCCCUGUGGCCAUGUAAUACCCGUGAUCACAAAUAUAUCGAAUCAGAAACGGAGAGACAGACAACCUCUCCGAAAGUUUGUGAGUUUGUGUGAAUUCAGUUUCUUCUUUUCCCCCUUAAGGGCUCCCCAGUAAAUGGUCUCUGUUCAGUUCUAAAGCUUUCACUAGGAGGCAGCAAUGAGGUUGUUGGGGAAUUAAAAAAAAAAAUACCUUGGCAACACCAGACAUGAGUGGCCUUUUCUCUCUUUCUCUUCCACAAAAGAGGGGAGAAUAUUUGGGUCCCGAAGGAAGACAAGGGAUCAGAAUGAACUCCAUCCUUUUCCUCCAUCCUUUCCGUCUCUGCUCCGCUCCCAUCCUGGAUUUUCACCCGGCUGGCUCACCAACACAUUUUCCUAGCACCAUGGAGGUGGGGCACCACGAGGUGAGCCAAAGAAAGUGGCUGGGCAGUAAAGAUGACACCUUCAAAGUGCACAGGCCAAGUCAUUGCACCUGGAACACUAGCAGCGACAGAGAACUUUGGGGGUCUGGUCUUAAGCAAGUGUAAUGACAGCAUUCACGAGCUCUCAUACCUGUGUAGAAAGGUAAUACAGCCUGUUUGGUUGAGGAGGAAACAAGCAAACUGUGGCAAAAGCUGCCUUACUUAGGCUGUUGUCACAGUUCUCUAGUCCCACUCCUCUGACCCCCCCCCCCCGCUCUUUUCCCAUCAGCCCCCAAAAGGGGGAAAGCCCCAAACAUGGGGUCCACAGAGAGCCGAGGAGACAAAAGGGGAGUUGAAGCCGACAAGGCGGGAGCCAAAACUGCACAAGUCACCUUUCACUGGUGACUGCUACAUUUUCAUCAUUUUGACCUUUCUCUCCCUCGAUUCUCACCGCUCCUGCCUUAGAAACCGGCACUACACAGAUCAAUUCUGGAGACACCUUUCCUCAUCCCUCCUUAGCAGUGCUCACACUGCAUUUUCAAAAAGGAGCUUUACCUAGAUGACAGAACAAGAAACACAAAAUAAAAAACAGCUCUCUCUCACUCUCUCUCCCCCUCCUCCUUUGGAGGACCCCGCCAAAAGCACCUAAGGGAAAAAAAGACAAUGCAAAUAAUCCAAGACAGACAACUUCAGAAAAUACUGAUUCAGAUCCCAAGAAUUCCUUAAAAGCAAUGGAGAGAUUUACCUCUCCAAGGAUAAGAGGUUUUUUAAGUGUGAGGGAGCCAGCCGAGAAACAACACCCGAAAUGAACGAGGACAUUCAUCGUGUCAUGUGGCCUGUGUAACGAAAAAUCCUUCCAACCCGUAGUUUUCUACUGAGGAGCCUGGGUUCUGGUGUGGUGGGGUUACUUGUAAAUUUCAUCACCAUACACGCUCUGGUUGAUCUUGAGCAAGAACAAAGCUGAGAGAAGGAGGACCCCUUCAGUCUUCCAGCAGGGUGGUGAAUAAGCCAUGUUUCUGGCUCUGCAAACUCCCUCUUGUCUUACCGUCGCCCCUUCCAGCUUCCAGGUGACCCUGCCUUGCCCUCCUCAGAUUCGGUCUCCCAUUUAAGGAUGGGUCUGAUUUGAUUCUUUUAUAGCUAUCAUUUAUUCCGUUCUUAAGAUAUUGUACCUUUUACAUACAUUAUCUCCUUUCGUUUGUUCGGAGAGCUCUAUGAGGUAAGAGCUACCUCACUUUGCAAGUUGGGAACUGAGCCUUAGAGUAGAUGAAUGACAUGCCCAAAGUCACACAACCCAAAGUGGAAGAAAUGGCCUUUGAAUUAAGCUGACGUUCCUCACCACCAUCACCGUGAGACCCGACACAAGACUCAGCCCCUUCCUGGCACAGAUUCUUAAUUCCACCUACCUCCUCAGGCCUUCUGUGACUCACUCUGUGCCCCACACCCCUUCUGAGGGAGUGCCCAAUGGCAAUCUCCCCAGCAUGACGUUCCAAACCCACAACAGCACCCCAUCACCAGAGGGAGUCUCUCAAAGUCCGGGCUCGGUGCUUAUCAACACAGAUCAGGUCUCAGCUGCAAUCCACCUGCCCUCCCUCUGCCGGCCUCCCGCUGCAAGCACCGAGAAGAACUCAGUCUCCACCCUCACUCAGACAGGCCAGGGCCCCUAAGAGGGAGUCUCAUACCCAUGAUAUCGAGCCUGUCUUUACAUUUCCUCAGCAUAAGGGAUGUUUCUUGUCCAUCCACCUCCCUCCUUCCCUCAUUCCUCUUCACCUUUUGUAAACUCCAAGGACACAAAGUGGGUAUAAGCACAGUUCUGGAUUUACGACAAGCUCCCAUGAAU